AUGAAGCCUUCAUACUGCAAAUCCUCCCUCACGGCAGGAAAGCCUGUUAGCCGCCAUGUCACAACCGCAUUCUCAAAGACGACUAGACCAAGGUCACUCUCUACAGCACCCCUAGUUGCAGACAAGGCGACUGGUAUUGUCACACCUUCUACUUUGGCAGCUCUGCCCACACCAGUUCUCAUGAGGUCUCUUUUGGUCUCUGCCAUCUCCUCAAAGCCUAUGCUCCUCGGCCCUUCACUCGCAGCGCUAUCAUUCUUCACAAGACCAAACAGAGGAUUCUUCACAGAUGUCGACAGAAACCCUGUUCUUCACUCUUUGCUCAAGAGCGUUUUUUACAAGCAGUUCUGUGCGGGAGAGACACCAAAGGAGACGCAAGAGACCAUGCGGCACCUGAGAUUUAUGGGUUUCCGCGGUACAAUCCUCACAUACGCGAAAGAAACAAUUUUUGAUGCAAAGACGAACGUGGAGCACGGCUUGGGUAUCGAGUCGGAGGAUCUGACAAAGAGUGGUCUCGAUUCUACCAUCGAGUCCUGGAGGCAGGGUGUUUUGGAGACUGUCGAUCUACUUGGUGAUGGCGAUCAACUUGCUCUCAAACUUACAGGAGCCGGCCCUCGUGUCACAGAAGCUUUUGCCGCAAGGCAGCUGCCUCCCCAACAAAUGAUGCAAGCCCUCGAAGAAGUGAGCCAAAGAUGCAAAGACCGUGGCGUGAGACUCCUCCUUGACGCCGAGUCUCAACACUUCCAAUGGGGCAUCUUCCUUGCAGGCAUGGAACUGAUGCGCAAAUUCAACCGCGACGGCUACGCUACGAUUUACAACACUUACCAGGCAUAUCUCAAGAGCACUCCGACCACCCUGGCCAAGCACCUGGAGAUGGCCAACCAAGAAGGCUUCACGCACGGCCUGAAGCUAGUCAGAGGCGCCUACAUGGGCUUCGACGAGCGGUCCCUGAUUCACGACACAAAGAAGGAUACUGAUAACGCCUACAACAGCAUCGCGCAGGGUGCCCUUAGGCGGCACAUUGGAGAAUAUGGAGCCCCGGGCGGCAAGCCGUUCCCCUCGCUCAACCUCUUCCUGGCGAGUCACAACAAGGAGAGCGUGGUCACGGCGCACAAGCUCCACCAGCAGAGGCUAAAGGAAGGACUCCCGACGGUGCCGGUUGGUUUCGCGCAGCUGCAGGGCAUGUCGGACGAGGUCAGCUUCUCGCUGCUGGCGCUCAAGGAGGAGGGGAGCCAAGACCCUUCGCCGCAGGUGUGGAAAUGCUCGACGUGGGGCAGCAUGGGCGAGUGCGUGGCGUAUCUUUUGCGGAGGGCGGUGGAGAACCGGGAUGCCGUUUCCAGGACGGUGGACGAGUAUGCGGCGCUCAAGGCGGAGGUGGGCAGGAGACUGCGGUCUAGAUUCUUCCGAGACUCAGAGAGAGAGAGUGCCGUGACUCCCUUCGUGGCGGGGAAUCUCCCGUCCAGCGCCGGUAUAGUAGGGGGAGGGGCAUUUCUUCAGUUCAACUCAGAGCAGUCGGCCGAAAAAGGUAUCGGACAAACAACAACUUCAACCAAGCGAGAAUUAGCCCAGAUUCCCCUCAACCCCCAGCCUCUCAUCAGCCGGCAAACAGAUGUCAAGCUGUGCAUUUUGGGUUGUGGUAACCUAGGGAUUCCCAUUCUGAAAUCACUGCUGGAAGACAACACCCUCCCCAUCACUCAAUUCAUCGCAUGUGUUCGAAGCGAAAAGUCUGAAGAGGCCCUAAAGACACGCUUCUCCAGUGCAGGAGACAAGCUCGUGGUUUCAAGGGGCGACAACAUUGCGGCCUUGCAAAAAUCGGAUGUUGUAGUGCUAGGAGUGGACCCCGCGGAUGUCGAAGAAGUUCUGUCCAAGCCGGGUACGAAAGAGGCUUUGAAAGACAAGCUUCCGAUCAGCGUAGCCGCCGGCUGGACUCGAGGCAAGCUAGAAGCUACGAUAUACGGAAGCGAAACGACAUCCGAGAACACAGAGGACCGGGCUUGGGUCGUUCGGACGCUCCCCAACAUUGCGGCUAUGGUCUCUCAGUCCCUUACUGCGAUCGAGAUCUCGGAGCCAUCAGUGCCAGCCAAGUACAUGGAGCUCACCGAAGCCAUCUUCAAUAAGAUUGGCAAGACGGUGAAGAUUGCGCCGAAGCUGAUGAACGCUACGACCGCCGUGGGAGGAUCUACGCCAGCCUUCUUUGCAGUCAUCGCAGAUGCUCUCAUCGAUGCUUCCGUUGCCGUCGGUGUUCCAAGGGAUCUUGCACAGACUAUGAUCUUCCAGUCCAUGCUGGGUAGCGCGACACUCAUGCAGAACGGUCUGCAACCAGGCAGCCUGAGAGAUCAAGGAACAUCACCGGAAGGGUGCACAAUCGGAGGCCUGAUGGUCUUGGAGGAAGGGGCUGUAAGAGGACACCUUGGAAAGGCUUUGAGAGAGGCUGUGACAGUCGCUCGUCUCAUGGGUAGCGAUCCUCACCCCAAUGAUACCAGGCAUUAG